UGAGCUACAACUGCAAACCAAGAAACCUCCUCUAAUCAACUUUAAUCCUCGUAACGUUCGAUUGUUAUAUGAUGGCGGAGACCAAGGCGGUGGCUGCUGCCGUGGAGGCGAGUCCGGUGGAGGUGGAGGAGGGGAGGAGCAAGACGGUGGCUGCUGCGGUGGAGGCGAGUCCGGCUCCGGUGGAGAAGGGGAGGAGCAAGACGGCGGCUGCUGAGGUGGAGGCGGGUCCGGCGGAGGUGGAGGAGGGGAGGAGCAAGACGGUGGUGCUGGUCGCCGUGGACGACAGUGACGCAAGCUACCGCGCGCUCGAGUGGGCCGUGCGGCACGUGGCGGCGACGGCCGGCAUGGCCGGCGCCGGAGCGGUGGAGCUCGUUGUCCUCCACGCCAAGCCGCCCACUUCCCUCGCCGUCAACAUGGGCGGCCCCGGCGUGCCCGGCGACGUGGUGGGGUUAGUGGAGGAGGACCUGCGCAAGAAGGCCGAGGGCGUCGUCGGCAAGGCGCGCAGCCUCUGCGCCGCCAACUCGGUGGAGGCUGUGGUGGACGUGGUCGACGGGGAGCCGAAGCACGUCCUGUGCGACGCCGUCGAGAAGCACCACGCCGAUCUGCUCGUCGUCGGCAGCCAGGGCUACGGCGCCAUCAGGAGGGCAUUGCUUGGGAGCGUGAGCGACUACUGCGCACACCAUGCCGACUGCUCUGUGGUGAUUGUCAAGCAGCCCGGGUCCAAGAACUGAUCGCCAUUUCCGGUGUUGGAUCGAUCGUGCCCAGUUCCAGUGUUGGGAUUCUGCUAUUUGCGUGCCUACACAAUGUAUCCCUACUUAAUUAUUUCUGCUCCAACGUUUGUACUCUCCUUUUUAUUUACUCUGCAUAUUAGCAGUCAAGCUUUGUAAACUUUGAUUAAAUUUAUAUUAAAUAAUAUUUAA